GGCGCGCCGCUGCCAUUUUAACGAACGGAGAGAGAUGCGAGGCCGCACAAAGAGUCUGCAAAAAUAAACAAUGCUUUAUUAAACAGUUUGCGCCCCGUGUAUUUGUUAUUUUACAGUAGUCGACAGUUUUUCAUUUGGACCGCAUUCAUAUUUCAACAUGUCCACCGAAACUGCUCCAGACCAGGCGGCAGAGUACAUCCCAGAGAAGGUUAAGAAAGCAGAGAAGAAAUUGGAAGAAAAUCCGUAUGACCUCGACGCUUGGAGCAUACUGAUUCGAGAAGCACAGAAUCAACCCAUAGACAAAGCAAGGAAGACAUACGAGCGACUUGUCGCCCAGUUUCCCAGUUCGGGCAGAUUCUGGAAGCUAUACAUUGAAGCUGAGAUCAAGGCUAAAAACUAUGACAAGGUUGAAAAGUUAUUUCAGAGGUGCUUAAUGAAGGUUCUGCACAUUGACCUGUGGAAGUGCUACCUCUCAUAUGUCCGUGAAACCAAAGGGAAACUGCCCAGCUAUAAGGAAAAGAUGGCGCAGGCGUAUGAUUUUGCUUUGGAUAAGAUCGGUAUGGAGAUCAUGUCCUAUCAGAUUUGGGUGGAUUACAUCAAUUUCCUCAAGGGAGUGGAGGCCGUGGGGUCAUACGCAGAGAAUCAGCGCAUCACGGCCGUCAGACGUGUGUACCAGAGGGGCUGUGUCAAUCCCAUGAUUAAUAUUGAGCAGCUCUGGAGGGAUUACAGUAAAUAUGAAGAGGGCAUAAAUGUGCACUUGGCCAAAAAGAUGAUUGAAGAUCGGAGCAGAGACUACAUGAACGCCAGGAGAGUUGCCAAGGAGUACGAGACAGUGAUGAAGGGUCUGGACCGGAACGCCCCCUCAGUGCCACCUCAGAACUCCCCACAGGAGGCCCAGCAGGUGGAGAUGUGGAAGAAGUACAUCCAAUGGGAAAAGAGUAACCCGCUGCGCACUGAAGACCAGACCCUCAUCACUAAAAGAGUUAUGUUUGCCUAUGAGCAGUGCCUUUUGGUACUUGGACAUCAUCCUGACAUCUGGUACGAGGCUGCCCAGUACCUGGAACAAUCCAGUAAACUUCUGGCAGAAAAAGGGGACAUGAAUAAUGCCAAGCUGUUCAGUGACGAGGCAGCAAACAUUUACGAGCGUGCUAUAGGAACUCUUCUUAAGAAGAACAUGCUGCUUUAUUUCUCUUUUGCAGACUAUGAAGAGAGUCGUAUGAAGCAUGAAAAGGUUCAUAGUAUAUACAACCGCCUCCUGGAGAUAGAAGAUAUCGACCCUACCCUGGUCUACAUUCAGUACAUGAAGUUUGCCAGAAGAGCUGAAGGCAUCAAGUCUGGCCGAUCCAUCUUUAAGAAAGCCAGAGAAGACCCUCGGACGCGGCAUCAUGUGUACGUCACUGCUGCUUUAAUGGAAUACUACUGCAGCAAGGACAAAUCCGUGGCCUUUAAGAUAUUUGAGCUUGGACUGAAGAAAUACGGCGACAUUCCUGAAUACAUUUUAGCCUACAUCGAUUACCUCUCUCACUUAAACGAGGACAACAACACCAGAGUCCUGUUUGAGAGAGUGCUCACGUCUGGAAGUCUUUCCCCUGAGAAGUCUGGGGAAAUUUGGGCACGCUUCUUGGCCUUUGAGAGCAACAUCGGGGACUUGGCCAGUAUUCUGAAGGUGGAGCGAAGACGUUUCAUGGCCUUUAAGGAUGAAUAUGAGGGCAAGGAGACGGCUUUGCUGGUGGACCGGUACAAGUUCAUGGAUCUGUAUCCCUGUUCUCCCAGCGAGCUCAAAGCCCUCGGAUACAAGGACGUGUCUCGUGCCAAAUACGCAUCGUUGAUCCAAGAAGCUGUGGUCACUCCAUCUGCCCCAACACAAAAAGAUGAGGUCGACCGCAAACCCGAGUACCCCAAACCCGACAUCAGCCAGAUGAUCCCUUUCCAGCCACGACAUCUCGCCCCUCCUGGACUUCACCCCGUCCCUGGAGGAGUGUUUCCGGUCCCACCCACUGCUGUCAUUCUCAUGAAGCUCCUCCCUCCUCCCAGCUGCUUUUCUGGUCCCUUUGUGCAAGUUGAUGAGCUGAUGGAGUCUCUCAGAAGAUGUGUACUGCCCGAGACGGUAGAAGCUGCUGUAGAGUUGAUCACUGGCAAACAGUUUGAGAUGAGCAGUGAAGGAAACGGACCUUUGGAGAAUCACGCUGUGGCAAACAAAGCCUUGAAAAGGCCAAAUGCAGAUUCCGAUGAGGAGGAAGACAAAGGGUCCGUCGCGCCUCCCAUCCACGACAUCUAUCGAGCACGACAGCAGAAGAGGAUCCGAUGAGCCGGCACCCAUACACACUCUACAGUCCGGACAUCACCCAUGCCUACAAUGAACAAUUAAACCUGCACCCCUAUGUGUCACACCUGACUGAAGGAGUGCCGACUCCCAUCUUCCACCGCUGGUUUUACUGUGAACCCUGCACACCGCGACUGAUGGGGCCAGCGGACGACACACAGGAAUGUAUCCGUCUCGGUGUUGACCCGUGUGUUCACAGCAGGGAGUCUUCGUGAUGAACUGAUCGCUGGACCUUCCCGUCAUGCAUCUCUGAUCAUGUUCAUUUGUAGUUUUUUUUAAAGCAGUUUUAUUUUUUAAAACUGGGUGGUUUAUACUGUAUAAAGUUUUUAUUCUGAUUUGCCUCAUUGUUUUUGAACUUGCCAUGUGUAGUUCUGGAAGAGUUGAUCGUUUUGUAGUGAACUGAGGAUCACAAACAACUUCCAAUAAAAGAACAUGAUUAAAAACCUG